AUGAUUGAAAACCCACCAGAACGCUGUCUACCAAAGACAACUAUUCCAACGCUGCCUAAGAAGAACAUCAACCCAAUAUACAAACAUGUCAAGAGUCGGUACCUGAAGAAAAGUAGGGUACAGCUACAACACGAUAAAACGAAACAGUGUGAUAUAAUGAAAAGUAAAAGAGGAAAAUCGUCCCUGUCAUUAGAAUCGUUCAGUGACGAAAUGGACACUGAUCGCAACAAAUAUAUUUCACCGGCGGAUAAGUGCUUCAUUGAUCAGUUGGAGAACAAUUUUCAUUCACAAUAUACAAACUUCAUACUGAAUAUGGACAACAGACGACAAAUCCAACAUCAUACGUACAAAUGUGGUCCAUCGAUCCUAUCAGAACCAGAUCUGCUGUUAACAAUUCAUGAUUUGCUGAAAGUAAGCGAAUCGCCGAUUGACAUGUUACAUGCUGUAUUUCUAGUCUGUCAGCAUGAGCAAUCUAACACAACAGAAUGGUUUGACCCACCGGAGUUCAAAUGGUUGUGGGUGGCCGAAGCUAUUUUGAUUACUGCUCUUAUGUUGAACAACCGCGCCUGUGACGGUGUCAAAGAUAACAGGCCGGAAUCUGCAGUGUUCUGGUACGCGGCAGGCGUAUUUUACGGCAAUAGCAAAUGUAUUGAAGAUGCCAUGUAUUACCUAGAGAAGGCUCGAACCAUUGCCGACGGCCCAAACAGACUGAUAUUUCCAUCGGUAACGUCAGACCUACACCACUCAAUGGGAGUUGAUGAAUAUGGAGGGUUUCUUAAAGAGCCAUACAGCGUAUGGACGCUGACAUGUAUGUUCCAAAAACAUCUACUGAGACAAAUCGCUAUCAAUCAAAAGCCGGAGAAGGCGCUGCGUACGUUACAGAACGCUUACAGACUGCUUGAAGCGUCAGGAGAACCAGAAAAUAUUCCACGGAUGAUAAAAGCAGAAAUACAGUUCGAGUUGGGCCUCAAGUACAAAGCAGUCGGUUCAACCAAGCUGGCAGUAAAUGCUUUCUUUGAAUGUGCCAGAGCUGCAGAAAAUAUUCAUCACGAACUAGAUUUAGAGGCGAAGAUUAUGGUAGCAGAAAUGGAUCCUAACCCACCAGGAAACUGGUCUUUAUUGGAAUUAAAAGAAGAAGCGAAAAAAAGGCUGAACAUUCGACUGCUCGUCAAAACGUGUGUGGCGCUAGGGAUUGAAGCCAAGAACAAUGAACGAUUUGAAGAGGGUUUCCAUCACUUUGCAGUGGUCAAAUGGUUGACUAGGGAGACGGGAAAGCAUAAUGCUGAUGCUAUAGAUAUAGAAUUAGCUUUAUUUAACAUGGCCAUUUGUCGGGCGGAAAGGAUGUUUCAAAUGUUUCCCAUAUCGAAGGAAUUUGAACCAAGAUACCUGAUCAAUGAAUUUAACCAGUGGACAGAUGACAAGGAAAAAAAUAUAUACUGUGAAGCUAAAAAGGAAGCCCAGGCAUGGAAAAGUUUAUUUAAAGAAAAACUCAACGAGUCAGGCGACGACGGGGAGAUUUGCGAUGACGACAAGCCUUUGUCGGGCUUGGACGAGCAGUUUUCGGAGCAGCUUUCUAUCGACGAAAGCGACCUGCUUUUGAACCACAAUAGGCAGCGUUUGAAUACGGAUAAGCAUUUUUCGGUCAAUUUCUCAAAUUAA